CAUGUGCCUGUGGGACAUUCACAAAUCUACCGGUCAUCUGAGCUCAGGCUGGGGGCGGUAUGAGUUAGGCUGGUGCAGCUGGACGAAAGCUAUCUAACUGACGUAUCGCUGUAUGAGUGCAGAAGGCCAUGGAUGCGGACGCACUGCCGCCAACAUCACCCUGGAGGCGGGUCAUGACCAUGGCAGUAUCCUCCACAUGCCAGCAGGCAGGUUUCACCAGCAUCGAGCCAUCAGCACUGGCUACACUUACUGAGACCUUCAUCAGCUUGUUGAGAGAGCUGGCGCGCAGCAGCAAGGCGUAUAGUGACCUGGCGUGUCGCAGUGACCUGGUGGUCGGCGAUAUUGUACUGGCGCUGGUCGACGCCGGCUUCAGCGUCGCAUCGCUGACGGAGUACGCGCGCCGCAAGACGCGCUCGACGCUGCCGACGCCGCUGCCGUCGGUGCCGACGAAGCAGCCGUCGACGCUGCAGGUGGGCGAGAAGAGGGGGCACCCGGCGCACAUCCCCGACCACCUGCCGUCGUUCCCCGACAGCCACGCCUAUGUGCAGACGCCGACGCACAAGCAGCCAAUCACCAACUACGAGGCCGUCCGCGAGAAGGCGGCCAGCCAGAAGCGCGACAUGGAGCGGGCGCUCACGCGCUUCAUUGCCAAGACGGGCCCCGUCGACCGGCUGUUCGACACUGACGAGCAGGCACAGUUUCCGCUGAUCGCCUGCCGGCCGAUCGUUAGUCCGUACCUGCAGGCACUAGAUCCGCGCGACCAGAUCUUCGAGGAGGAGGAGGCGUACGUCCCGCGCAAGCGAGCGCGCCCCGCCGAAGAGCGCGACGACGAGCCGGCGCCGCCUACCGAGCUGGUCGACAACCCCUACCUGCGGCCGGCCAAGAUGCCGCGCAAGCGCAAGUGAUAGCGGGUGUGGGACACGGCGAUGUCGCGGCCGCGCGCCGUCCCUCGGUGUGUGGGGGCUGGCAUUUAGCCCUGCGUCUCGCAACUGUUCUCCCGUGGAGACGGCUGUGGCGGCCGUGUGUGGUGCAGACCGUGCCGUGGUUCGCUGCGGUGGCCGCGCGAGGCGCAUGGAGGCCUCCACGACGGACGGCCGAGAGGG